CAGCAGUAUGGCCGCCAUGUUGUAACUUAUGAGCUUGGACAGUAAACAAGGGCGAAAGAUGCUUUUAAUGCUCGUCCCCUGGGAGUGUCUGUGGAUUUUAAAUAGUGUAAUUCAUUAGAAAGAUGGUGUCUGUUAUCAUAUCUCGUCUAGUCAUAUUGGUGUUUGGGACUCUCUACCCAGCAUAUGCUUCGUACAAAGCAGUAAGGACCAAAAAUGUGAAAGAAUAUGUGAAAUGGAUGAUGUACUGGAUUGUAUUUGCUCUGUUCUCAUGCGUGGAAACUUUCUCUGAUGUGUUUUUGUCAUGGCUUCCAUUUUAUUACGAGGUGAAGAUUGUGUUUGUGCUAUGGAUGCUUUCGCCAAUGACAAAGGGAUCCAGCUUCCUUUUCAAGAAAUUUGUUCAUCCACAGCUGGCAAAACGGGAAAAGGACAUCGACGAGUUGAUUGUCCAAGCCAGCAAGCAGGGGUAUUCUACUCUACUCACCCUGGGAACAAGAGGGUUGCAAUUUGCUUCCAAAACCAUCAUGCAAGCAACACUCAGAGGUCACGGAAAGCUGGUUGACCACAUACGACGGAGCUACAGCACCAGUGACCUUACUGAUGAUGGUCACUCGCUGGCUCAGAGACACGUGUUUGAGGAAGAUGAUGAUGAUGAUGAGUUAGAUAACAGGUUACGAGAAGAUCAGCAGGAACUGGAGACGCAAGGGCGUCUAACUCGCAGCAAGGACUCUAUCGAUAUAUCCAACAAACAUUCGCGGCUCAAGAAAAGUCAGAGCGCUGCUGCUGCUCUGUCGAGUGUGAAGGAGGUGGAGGAGGAGGAAGAGGAAGAAGUGACAGUGACAGAGGAGAUAAUGCUGUAUCCAAACACACGCAAGCAGUACACAGCUAAAGAGGACUCUAACUUUGGAAGCAGCAUGGUCAGCUCUGGUAGUCGCUAUAGCAACUAUAGCUACAGCAGCGGUGGCAGCGGUUAUGGAAGUAACUCUAGCUUACCUGACAAACUCACAUCCAGCUACGGCAUCUCGGCUAACCUGUAUGACAAGAAUUCACCAAGUUAUGGCAGCACCUCGAGUCUUCCGGAGAGGAAUCCUUAUGAUUCCUUCCUCUAUGAUAACCCUUCCAACAUGUACCGGUCGACCUCUAGUCUGUACGAGCGGACUCGGAGCUAUGGUGGUAGUGCUGGGUUGUAUGAUAAGAAGGAUAGACAAUACGGAAGUGGGACUGCGUUGUAUGAUCGGAACAAGGGGACCACUGGAACCAUUCCUCGGUAUCGAGCUCGGUCCAAUUCUUGGACUCCAAGUGUGGGAUACCCAAAUUAUUCCUGGAAAUGCUGAUUGCAUUUUCUGAUCCAUCGUGUUGUGGAGACAGAAAGGAGAGCAAAGUAAGAUAUCUGCAUAUGGUACUCUUCCCCGGAACCGCGGUCGUCCGAAGGGCAGCACACGGAAGAGUGUCACCCAACCAGGAAUCUUCAAAUAGAGCCAGGACAGUGUCCAAUAAUAUCUCAGGAAGUUUCCACUUUCGUAACCAUAGCAACGCAUACCUACUGCUGAGAUGGAAUCCUUGUUGGAACGAUGACGAUAUUAUCGCCAUUUCUGUUGUCUUUCAUGUUUCUGCACAACAGCGGAUGCACUGACCUUCACUUUGACCCAGGGUCAGGGUGAGGCAGUGGAUGGUCCAUGGACUCAAAAUGAUGACUCAAACUUUUGGAAUACCCUUUGCUUUCAUUCAAGAUCUCCAUUGAGAAUUUACAUCAUCUUUUAAGGUUGUAAAUAUAUCUUUCAUCAUAUAUGCAUCAAUAUUGUUGUAACUUAUCUCAAUUUUAACAUAAUAGCUUGUGUAACUUACUGCCUUUGAAAGAACUACCAAAACCUUUCCUAACACUCCUACCUAGAAAUAUUUGUGGUGUGUCUCUGUUUACAAGACAUUUUUCUUGAAGUGUGUAACGUGUGGUAUUUGUCACAGAGCUCUGUGAACUGACUUUUUGACUGAUAGUUGAAACCCCACCAGAUGACUUUUGACGAUUGUGGCAUCAGCCAUGAUUAUUUUUGUGAUGUUAGCCCAAUCAGAUGUCUUGUUUAGCUGGUGACAGCUGUGAAUUAUCCCCCCACCCCCCAACACACACACACUUUCAUUCACAAUACAAGGGUGUGAAAAUAUACAAGAAAUUAUCCAUUUGUCCUAGAUUUUGUUAUCUGUAAAGACAUACAUAAGUUGGUCAUGAGUGUUCAAUUGCCUUUCGUUUCACAAAUUGGACCUCAAACUUAUCAGAUUACAAAAAUUUGAUACCAUGGCACACAAUAACUGAAUUCAAUGUACAUUCAAAAUACACCAUUUCACGUGUUGUAUGUUUCACACAACCCUGUGAAACUUUGAGGAUUUACCGUGACCCAGAGUUGAAUGUUCUAAUCCUUUGAAACUUUCAUUGAAUGUCCUUUUGGAAUUUGAAAUUUAGAAGCAAUGUGAUAAAUUUCUCGCUACACUAAUUUGAGGCUGUGUUUUUAUCUACAUGGUUGGUAGGAAGUGUUUGUCAAUAAGGAUAUGACAGUUUCUUUCAAAAGAUCCAGAUGGUAGUUUGUAAGUUGCACAAGUUCACAUUGGCAUUAUCCCAAGGUUCUCUUGAUAAAAAGACAUCUGCAAGAUAUGGGGCUGUUUGUGUUGUACAUCACAUAUUUUCACAGUAAUGACACUUUUGACACAAACAUCUAAAGUUGGUUGUAGAAAAUGAGAUACAAACAGCCUCACUUUUGGUGAAAUAUUUAAUAAUGUUGGAGGGAAUUUGUAGAUAUUGACUGAGAUUUUUCAGAACAGUGACUUUUCACAAAUUUCACAUUUUCUAGUCUCAGAGUUUGCAUGGAAGAAGCAACAAAAUUCCGCUUUUCAUUUCCUCAUCCCUGAAAACAUGACCUUUAUGUCACAGUGGCCUCGGCAUCUGCAGGGUACCCCUUCUAUACAUGCACUAACAAAUCUUUAGUUGCAUCUCAGUAUGUAUAACCAGGUUGAUCGGGUGAAGGGUACGCUUUUAACUCGUCUCACAUCGCUGGGCACUAGUCUUGCCUCCCCUCAGAAUGGAAGGAUGCAAGCUGCAACACAGCACAAGGUUGAGAUCGACACUUCACUGAUGCAACACCAGGAAUAGGGGAGACGAGCAUCCUCAUCAGUCCUCAUCAAUACUACUUAUAUCAUACUAACAUUUUUUCGAUGAUCCAAAUUAAUAGGGACUGGAUUAAGCAUAAUUUAAAUUUCCAAAGGAUUUUGGCAUUAGUGUUUGUGAAGUGUUGAUCAGUUGACUAACAAUUCAGUCUGCACGACUUUGAUAACUGAGAGGUUCUCGUAUUUAUUUGAAAUGUGUGAUGUGUGUAUGUUUAGACUACCUCUGCCAGUAGAUAGAUUUUCUCCACUAAUGGUAUGGUACUGGUGUAGUGUAACAAUGUAGACAUGAACGAGUGAAGUUUUUGAUUUUCUGUAGUGAUUUCUGUAGUUAUUGGAAACAUGGUCCUGCAAUCAAACUUAUCUGAUUCCUGUCAUACAAAAUCAAUCAAAUCUAUCACUUGAUUUGUUUAUCAACCCAAACACACAUCUUACUAUGGUAACUGUAUUUGAUUUUGUACCAGCAUUAAUGACUCCAAUGGCAUGUAAAUCUGUAAGUGUUGUUAUUCAGUCUGUAAAUCUUCAAAGUGGUGCCAAUAUUUUCAUUUAUUUAUUUUCUAGGUCUCAGGCAUUAUCUGUAUUUUGUUAUCCAAACAUUCCACUGAAACUUCCUUAGUUUCAUUCACAUGGAUCCGUACACUUUAUUCCGCCUGAUUCUGUACAUCUCAAGAAAAGUUCACAUUUUUGUAAUCUAAGGAAAAUAAUUACCUUUGGGUCCAUUCAGUCAAAUCAUGAUUUUUAUAACAUUUCUGUUUGUUUUGUCCCAACCACGGGGGAAUUUUGGAGUUUCAAUGAUCCCCUUAGGUUUUUAAUGACUCGCACUUUGUCUCGUUUUAUGUUGUGUUUUGACAAAACUAGUACUUAAGAUAGAGGUAAAUUGCCAAAUUCGUUCACAGGCGUUUGAUUUGUCACUUUCAUUCUGUAAUCUUCAAAUUAAAUCAAACAAGUAGUAAGUAGGAUGGACCUGGUUCAGGCCAUGAAUAUAACUACUGGUACUCAACGAAUGUUUUUUCUGUGAACAAAUUAGAUUUAGUUUGUCUUCACAUUUUGCCUCUGUCCUAUUUUCAUUAUUUACAUUUUUAUAUAAAAUUAACAUUUAUGAAAAGAAUUUGUAUCAACUGUGUCUGUGAAUCUAAACUUUGUCUGAACCCUGAAUAUAAACAAUGAUCCUGAUAACCAACCACACAGCUGAUAUAUAUAGAGAGAGAACAGAACAUAUCAUAGGAUUUAAUCAAUGCAAUGGGAUUUUUCAGUUUUGGUUGGGAUGAUUUAAUCAAGAAAGUAUGUAUUGUUUCCUAAACUUUCGUCUUGCAUAGUGUUAGAUGCUCAAGCUUUGCAUAAUAAUGUGAUACUCAAUCAGAUCUGAAUGAACUGUACUGCUGUAAACAGUAUCUUACGUUUUAUGGAGCAAGGAGGUUGAGGUUGUUGAUAAUGUUUAUAUUGUGUACAUAGUAGAUGCAGCAGGUUGUGACGAAGCAGUGUAGUGAUCGCGACUACAGGUAGUGCUAGUUACUUGGGAAUAUAUUUGAUUUAUGAAUAAUAGUAUACUCAAAAAGCAUUAUCUUGUUUGGAGGGAGUAGUUAUAAGUUUCAUUAAGAAUGUAUGGUAUAUUAAAGGAAAUUUUGAAUUUAUAUUGUAUUUCAUAAUCAGCAAUAUUGAACUUGAAUAUUUUACAGUCCCUGUGACUGCCAUAAUUAAAGGUGGACCAUUUAUAGAUGUAGCAUUAUUAUCACUUUGUUUUUUAUUCAUUGGAAGGAAAAUCUUGAUACUGGAAAAUGGGUAUGCAUUGUUUUAAAUUAAGGAUGAAAGUCAAGAGGUCCAUCCCAUAGCCCUAAUAUAAAAGUGAUUUAGUGUUGUUAGACUCAAACUAGGAGGAAAGAGCAAGGGUACAUAUGUUACAAGCUGUGACAAGAGAUGAAGUGAUUGUGUGAACAGAAUCCAGUAAGUGUGCAUGCUUAUGGGAAGGGCAAUAAGCCAUGGUAUGUCAUCCUUAGUGAUACAUGUAUGUGUAGAUGAGCUAUUUACAUUGGUGAUAUAGCGCUGGUGAUACAGAUCUUCACAAUGUUUCAAUUCGCAGUGAAAGGAUAUGACUGUUCAAAUGGUUUUACAUCCAUUGUCCAUUUGUGAAAUCUGCUUGUUAUGCACUAAUGAAUUUGCCUGUUUUAGACUGAUAUACACAGGUAGAUUAACACGGCACUUCUGUGGUACAGAUUCAGUCCUUUAGAAAACCAAAUGUUCAAACAAAUGGCAACUUUGAGGACAUAGUUGUGGACCAAAACAAUUUACUGAAUGUUCAGUCUUGAAUUUUUCAUAAGCACAAUCCAACAAUGUGUUUGAGUACCCUGCUACAGAAAUAUGCUGGAGUAAGAUGGAGGAUCUUGUCUGGAGUGCCGUGUUAACCUACGUGGUAGUUUACCGAGCCACUAAACCACGUUACGCUGAGCCCCGAUGGGCCAGGUGUGUUGUUCUGACUUGUGCCUCCCUCCCCCCACUUCCAGCCCCCCGGCGGUGCUGCUGUUAUACAUUGGUUAGCUGUUCAGUUAUCAUGUGAUAAUGAGGGUGUUCAGGUGUACAUAAUGUGGUGGAGAGCUAUAUUUUCCCAUGACCAUGUUUUAUAAGGUGCUUGAACAGCCAAAAGUUCAAUAAAAAAUAUGACUUUU